UUAUUUUUUGUCCUUUUAUUAUUUCCUGUUCUUAUCAGUCCUUCCAAAUUCGUUAUUUUUCUGUUCACAUUUAUUUUAAGUAUUUUUCUCUCUUAAAUUAACAAAAUUUCUUAAUAAUAAAAAUGAUUAAAUUUAUUUUUAUUUUAUUUUUAUUUAAAAAUAUUUUUUCUUAUAAAAUCCUCGUAUUCUCUCCAACAGUUAGUGCAAGUCAUAUGAUUUUAGAUGCGAGAGUAGCUGAUACUUUAGCUAAAGGAGGGCAUGAUGUUACACUUUUACAAAUUGAAUUUAACUUGCCUUUUGACAGCCUAAAAAAUAUUACAAAAUAUGCCAAAAUUAAACAAAUUGGAUCUUUUACAUCCACAAUUGAUGACCAGAUUUUUAAAGAUAUUUCUAAUAUGGCAUUUCAAACAAUUACUCCAAUUUUUAUUUUACGUCUAUUUAUUCCUUAUAUUAAGGAAGCAAAUAAAAAAUGUGAAAUGUUAAUUACUGAAAGGAAAGAAGAAAUAGAAAAAUUACGUUCUGAAAAAUAUGACGUAAUUAUUACAGAACAACUUUUCCAUUGUGGUUCUGCUCUGGCACCUUUAUUAGACAUUAGAACUCAUAUUUUGCUUGUAAGUCAGCCAAUCCCAGAGCACACAGCUUCUGUUCUAGGUCUUCCAUAUCCAACUAGUUAUGUCCCAGGACUUACACUUAGUGGAUAUAGCGAUAAAAUGUCAAUUUCUGAAAGAUUUUUUAAUUUAUUUUUUCAAAUGGCAGGUUAUUACCUUUCUUUUGAAGUUUAUGAUUCUUUGACAUUAAUUAUGAGAAAACAUUUUGGUUCAAACUAUCCAGACAUUCGACAAAUAAUUAAAGAUUCUCCUCUAAUACUUGUAAAUGCUGAUGAAUUUGUUGACUUCCCUAGACCUUUAUUUUCAAAUAUUAUUUAUAUUGGAGGUAUUGGAAUGAAUGAGAAAAUUGAAGAAUCUUUAAAUAAACUUGAUGAUCAACUAAAUUUUGAAAUGAAAAAAGGAAAGAAAGGUGUUGUCCUCUUCUCCUUUGGCACAUCAAUGAGCACCAACGAGUUACCUAAAAUAUUUAUUCAAAAUUUAUUCAAAACUUUUAAAGAAUUUUCUAAUUAUCAUUUUAUUGUUAAAGUGGAUAUAACAGAUAAUUUUAUAAAAGAAUUCGCAACUGACAUUAAAAAUAUUUUUACAAUUAAUUGGAUUCCUCAAACAAAAAUAUUAAAUCAUCCUCGUCUAAAAUUAUUUAUAACUCAUUGUGGAUAUAAUAGUUUAUUGGAAGCUGGAACGGCUGGAGUUCCUGUUUUAGUAAUCCCCUUCUUUUUUGACCAAUUUCGAAAUGCUCGAGUAGCUGAACGUAAUGGAUGGGGAUUAUAUUUUGAUAAAAGAUUGUUGUUAAAAAGUGAUGAGGAAUUUAAAAUUGCUUUACAAAAAAUUCUCGAAAAUGAAAGAUUUAAAUUAAACGCUGAAAGAACACAAAAACUUAUAAUGACUAAACCCUUUUCGGGAGAACAACGUUUAAUUGAAAGUUUUAAUUUUUUGGAACAAAAUGGGGGUGAUUUGAAGGAAUUGUUGCCCGAGUCUCGCAAUUUAAGCACAACUGAAUUAUAUAAUUUGGAUAUUGUAUUUGUUGUUGUUUUAACUUUGUUUAUAUUGCUUUUAACAAUGAUUAUUGCUUAUCAAAUGUGUUGGAAGUUAUUGAAAGAUUAUUAUAAGAAAGAGAUUAAAAAGAAAAAUGAGAAAAAAAUUAAAUAA